GUCGCUGCGAACAGAGAGAGAGAGAGAGAGAGGGAGAGAGAGAGGGGGAGGAGAAAGAGCUGAAAAUCAGGAGUAAAGAUCUGGAGAGCAGCGCUCCGAUGUUCUCCGCGGUUGGUUUUCACUGAAUACCGGCUAACUAGUGAUUUCUCUGUUCAUUUUCUAGUUGGAAGUACGUCUGUCGCUGCUGUUUGGUAUCAGAAGUGAGAGGUUUGAUGAAGAGGGCGCACCGCUGCCACUUUUGGCGAACGGAUUUUUCCUUUUUGAUUCUCCGUCUUUCUGCAUUUGGAUUAUUUUUUCUGUCCAGGAGAUGGCAAGUUGUUCCCUGACAGACGCAGGGAUCCGGUGCUGAAGCUCGCAGGAUGCUGGGGACCCGACCACAACCAGAUCUCUCACUUUGAGACAAUUUUCGUUUUUCUUUUUUUUUUAUUUUAUUUUAAACAACCAAUUGGACGUAAACCCCCUGGACGUUUUUCCGCCUUCCUGUGUUUUUCUUUUCUUUUUCCUUUUCCAGAAUGUCUGUGUUGUACAAUCUGACAAGGAUGCGUGGUGGAUUGCUAUUGUUCCUUUUCAUCCAAGUCAUCUUGGUUGCCUCGUUGACUCAGACUGAUAAAUGCGGGGGGAAUAUAGAGAUCGACAUCGCGGACUACCUGACCUCCCCGGGCUACCCCGGCGCCUACCCGCCCUCCCAGCAGUGCGUGUGGGUGAUAACCGCCCCUGAGCCCGGUCAGAAGAUCCUCAUCAACUUCAAUCCGCAUUUUGAUCUGGAGGACAGAGACUGCAAGUACGACUACGUGGAGGUUUACAACGGCGGGGACGAGCUCUCGCCCAUGUUGGGAAAGUUUUGCGGGAAGAUCGCGCCGUCUCCGAUCAUCUCCAGCGGCAGCCAGCUCCUCAUCAAGUUUGUCUCCGACUACGAGACCCACGGGGCAGGAUUCUCUGUUCGCUACGAGGUCUUCAAGACAGGUCCAGAAUGUUCCAGAAACUUCACGGCUCCCCGGGGCGUCAUCAAGACGCCAGGCUUCCCCGACAAGUACCCCAACAACCUGGACUGCACCUUCAUGAUUUUAGCCCCCAAGAUGUCAGAGAUUGUGGUGGAGUUCGACAGCUUCGACAUGGAGCCCGACACCACGCCGCCGCCGGGCGCCCUCUGCCGAUACGACUGGCUGGAGAUCUGGGACGGCUUCCCCGCAGUGGGUCCCCACAUUGGCAGAUACUGUGGCCAGACCUCCCCGGGCCGCGUGAUCUCAUACACCGGCAUCCUGUCCAUGACCAUCACCACUGACAACGCCAUUGCCAGAGAGGGAUUCUCCGCCAACUACACCAUCCGUGAGAGGAGCCUGCCCCCGGGACACGAAGAUGAGGAUUUUGCUUGCAUGGAGCCACUGGGUAUGGAGUCAGGGGAAAUUUCUUCAGACCAGAUCAGCGCCUCCUCCCAGUACAACUCCAACUGGUCUCCCGAACGCUCCCGCCUCAACUACCAGGAGAACGGGUGGACGCCCUCGGAUGACACCGUCAGGGAGUGGAUACAGGUGGACUUGGGAUUUCUCAGAUUCGUCACAGCCAUCGGGACUCAGGGAGCGAUCUCAAAAGAGACCAAGAAGCACUACUUUGUCCGCUCAUACAAGGUGGACCUGAGCUCCAACGGAGAGGACUGGGUCACCAUGAAGGAGGGCUCGAAGCAGAAGAUCUUUCAGGGGAACCACAACGCAGUGGACGAGUUUCGCGCCUUUCUUCCCAAACAGACUCUGGCUCGCUACAUCCGCAUCCGCCCCAUGUCCUGGGAGCAAGGCAUCUGCAUGCGCUUCGAGAUCUACGGCUGCAGAACGUCAGACUACCCAUGUUCGGGGAUGUUGGGGAUGGUGUCGGGUCAGAUCUCAGAUGCUCAGAUCAGCGCCUCGUCUUACGCCGACCGGGGCUGGGUGGCUGAGAACGCGCGCUUGUUGACGGGGAGGUCGGGCUGGACCGGGCAGCAAACCAAGCAGCCCUUCAGAAACGAGUGGCUGCAGGUGGAUCUGGGCCAGGAGAAGAUGGUGAGCGGUGUGGUGAUCCAGGGAGGGAAACACCGCGACAGGAACGUCUUCAUGAAGAGGUUUAAAGUGGGCCACAGUCUGGACGGAGAAGAGUGGACCAUUGUCAAGGAGGACAACACCACCAGGCCAAAGAUAUUCAUCGGGAACCAGAACCACGACACCCCGGAGCUGAGGUCCACGGGUCCCCUCCUCACCCGCUUUGUCAGGAUCUACCCGGAGAGAGCCACCACCGAGGGCGUGGGCCUGCGACUGGAGCUGCUGGGCUGCGAACUGGACGACAUUACAACCACAGCACCUCCCACCACGCCCGUCGCCUCUACGCUUCCCAUGACCACGUUUGGCGCAACCACCACUGCACCCAUCACCGUACCGGGCACGGGCCUGGCUACAGACUGCGAGGAGGGACAGCAGGACUGCGGCGGCGGCGUCGAGACCGAGGCGCCCUACGACUACGACGUGGCCACAGCAGGAGGUGCAGCAUCAGCUGACCCUGUCUUGGACUUGGACAUGCCAGCGUACGUGUGGUUCGCCUGUAACUUUGAGUUCUCCUCGCUCUGCGGCUGGACUGGGGAGGCCGGCACGGGGGCCGAGUGGCUCAUCCAGACCAACGAGGCCUCCGCCGUCCACAGAGGACCGACCCACGACCACACAGGCAGACAAGGGAACUUCAUCUACAUGCAGCUGAUGGACACGGAGGCGCCUGGUAAAAUGGGUGAAGGCGAGGACGAGGAGGACAAGGUGGCAAGGUUGGCCAGUCUGCCCAUCACGGCACCGGACGCCGACCUGUGCAUGUCCUUCUGGUAUCACAUGUUCGGAGAGCACGCGGGGUCGCUUCACAUCAAGCAGAGGAAGGAGGCGGAGGGGGGGCAGAUCCUGUGGACGAUCAGCGGCCACCAGGGCAACCGCUGGAGGGAGGGACGGGUUUUACUGCCGCACUCGAGCGCCUCGUAUCAGGUGGUGGUGGAGGGUGUUGCAGACAGACGCAGUUCAGGUCACAUAGCUGUAGACAACAUCCAGAUCAUCGAUGGACUCAGUGCAGAGGACUGCAAAGAUCCAGAGGCCCCUACGUCUCCACCGACUGAGAUCUUCAUCCUGCCGAUGGACUCGCUCUCACAGGAGACCAGCGAGCUCGGAGGCCCAGGCAACAUGCUGAAAACCCUGGACCCCAUCCUCAUCACCAUCAUCGCCAUGUCGGCGCUGGGCGUCUUCCUGGGCGCCAUCUGCGGCGUCGUGCUGUACUGCGCUUGCUCGCAGGGCAGCAUGACGGACAGGAACUUAUCCGCCCUGGAGAACUAUAACUUUGAGCUGGUGGACGGCGUGAAGCUAAAGAAGGACAAGAUGAACGGACAGACUAACUAUUCAGAGGCGUGAGGGGAAACGAGGGGCGGAGCUGUGUUCGCUCCGCAUAGACACAUGAUGCAGCCAAUCAAGAGGGAGGAGCACGGAGGAGCGGAGGGAGGGGGGCAGGGGGCUGAAGCCACCAAUGGGACGGCAGGGUGGGCUGAAAGUGAGCCGAUGUAAUUUUAUUUCUCAGGAGCGGCAGUGGAAGGGACUGACCUGUAGGGGGCACUGUGUAUAAAGAAUCUGUACAGCAAAAAAAAACAAAAACAAAAACAAAAAAAAAACAAAAAACAAAGAAAACUAAGGAUUCUAUUUGUUUUUUCGGCGUGCUUUGUUGAUUUCAUGUAAUCACAUGCUGGUGUUGAGACCAAUUCAUAAAAAAGUAUCGUUUGUGUAAUUUUACGGAAAGAUAAGAUUUGAUUUUUUUUUGUUUGUUUGUUUAUGUUGUCUUUCUUUCAGAUGUCAUAGUUUCACAGAAAGAGCUGAGUAUGUGAAAUUUGCUAUUCUGAUAUCUGGCUGUUCAGCUGGCCAUGUGUCCCUGUAAGUGUGUGUGCGUGAGCAUGUGUGUGUGUCAGAUUUAUCUGCAUUUAAUGUGUGUGUGUGUGUGAGUCCAGCUGUAGACGUGUGUGUGUGCGCGUGCACUACACUCAUGUUUAUCUGUAUACAUGAAGUGCAAGCAUGUUUCUGUGUGUGUGUGUGUGUGUGUGUGUGUGUGUCUGCCUGUGUGCUUGGUGGGUACCGUGGGUACCGCGGGUACCCGGCCCGUUGACCUGUGUCUAGUUCCAACAGUGCCUUUUAUUUCCCCUCCUCCAGAUUUUCUGUUGCCUUGUUUUCUGCUGGUUGUUUUCUCAUCGGCUGGCGUUCCGUCCAGGGUUCCUACACAAACACAAACACACGGGAAAAAGUCCAUAAAAUCAAUUUUGUAUUAUAAAUACAGCUACUUUUUUUUUUUUUGGUGUUGUCGUGUACUGUCAACUAACACAUGUGUUGGUGUAGAUCUGUAGAUCUUCUUGCCUUGAUGACGGUCAUACUGACACAGACUAAAAUGUUCAAAAUCCAACUUAACAUUUAGGUUUUUGGACACUUGAACAAAAAAAAAGCUAUGAAAUUUAAAAAUGGAAAAUGUGUAGGAGCCCUGAAUGCCUCGUUUUCAUGGCACAUGACACAUCCAACAUAUUGUACAUAGGUUUUAAUAUAUUUGAGCGCCCUUUUUUUUUUUUUUUUUAAUAGAAAAAGACACCAGUGCCGCAGUAUCCUUUCUAUGUUGGAAUCAAAAUCUCCCAAAUUCUUUUACAAAAUGUACAAAAAAUAUUGAUUUAAACAGACAGAGACACAAACCUGUUGUUUGUUAUUGAGAAAUGCCUCAUGGGAAGCGAGUGUACAGGGUAAAACGGACAACCUCAGUAUGGCUAAGACGCCUGGCAACGAGUCGAAGAUGGAUCAUCAGGACUGAAAUGUUUUCCUCACCGACACACGAAAUGACUGUUAAACCUUUAACCUGCAGUGUGUCCUGCAGAGGAGGCGUCAGAAGGACUUGAGGCGUCUCUCCUCUGGUCCAUCGGCUUGUUUUUUACUGAGCGGACAGGACUCUGUUGAAGGUUCUGAAUGCUGAUGUUUUUGCCGUGACAAUGCUGUGCUCUGUCGGUGUGUUAUCAGUGUCGACUAUCAGACUGAUCUUUAAUGGAGCAAAAUUAAGUUUAUCAGCCUCAACAGGUGACUAAUGAGUCACCAGGUGACUGAUUGCAGCAACACUGAUCGUACUUUACACAAUUCAUGCCUCAUAUGCACAUUCUCCUUCAGCUGCGGUGGCCUGGAAAUAACACAAACAGAAUAAAGUCACGUUUUUGUACCUGAGAUGACCUCACAGAGCAGAGACCCACAGAAACACCUGGUAAACUAUUGAGGUUUUUGUUUCUUGUGAAUCUUUGAAACAGGUGAAAAUUGGAUUUUAAAAAUGCUGCUCAGAGUUUAAGCACUGUUCACCGUUUGUUUUUUUUUUUUUUGGGUUGUUUCUUUCUGCUUCAUAAUCAGCAUCUCAUUUGACUUUUAUCCCCGUUUUACUCAUCCCUCUCUACAUCCAACACUGCACUGUGAGCUACCGAUGAUCAGUGUCCCUCUCACAGCAGGAAAUGUCAACAACCUGUGGGUGUGUGAAGAUGUAAAAUCCUGGGCUUAAAGCUGACAGCUCCUUUCUAGAAAAUCUGGAUAUUUCUCAGUGAACUUUGGUUAAAAACUGAAAACGAAAAGCCUUGUGCUAAUAAUACUGCUUUGUUGUGUUUUAGCUUUUGUAGCUAAAUGUGUUGUGAUACUGGUGGCUUGUUCAUAGCACUGUUUAGGUUUGGAAGACUGAGGCUUGAAAAGACAGAAACUUCACCAGUUACUUGUCUCAUUUACUCACUGGUUAUUAAUGGACAACCUCAGCAGCCUUCACAGUAGGUUACAGAUUUUACUUGCAAAGAUUAAAAAGCCAUUACGCAGUUAUGAUGGAUUUACACAUUUCUCGUGGCAACUGGGAGAACGAUGUUUGUCUCCUGUUGCACUGCACUGUGGAUCAUAAAUCUGCCCAUUUUUAAUGUAGCAUUACAGUACGUGGCGUCAUAUCAGCUCAAAAUGUGAAGUGGCACGGUUCUUCAUCGGGUCCAACUCAGCACAGAUUCUCAGUUCAUUCCUUCUAAAAUGAGACAUUUUUAAGUUCUUCUGUCGUGCUGUGAAGGAAAUCCACCUCGUUUUAAAUCAAAUCCUUGUUUGGUUUCAGUAACGACUGAGCAAACAAUCAAAUUAAGGUGCUCUGACUGUUGAGAUUCUCAUUACUCGCCCUUAAAAGCCCACUGGUUCAAUCGUUUUUGCUUCUCUCAGUAAAAUAUGUACCAGACGAGACUGUGGGUGAUCAAAAUGCAAUUUCAGUCUGACUUCAUAGACAGGAAAAUGUGUGUGUGUGUGUGUGUGUGUGUGUGUGUGUGUGUGUGUGUGUGUGUUUGCAAUGAGUCAGCCAGAUAUUAAUAAAGCUCCUAAACAAGAAAGGAUUCUGCAGCACUAGACGUGAAAACAAAUGUUGCACUGAUAUAUUUAAAAAAAAUCUAUGUGUUUAUGAUGUUGAUUUAUGAAAAGAGAGAGAGAGAGAGAAGGUAGAGGAGGACAGUGUUAUUGUUGCUUCUUUUUAACACGGUUUCAGAUGACAGUGUUAUAAUUCUGAAAUGUACAAUUUACAGAGAUGUUUUUCAUUCUCGAAAAAGCUUAUAUCGUCUCUUUGAAACGUAACAAUUUUAUUUACUUGGUAUAAUAUCACCUUGUGUUUUUGUACUGUCACUGAUGUACGUGCCAUUGUUUUAUUUUUAUUUUUUUCUUUGUAUGACAAGAAAAAAAAUGUUUUAUUUUCAAUACUGCUUCUGUAAUUUUUGCUGUCUCAGAUCCAGAGAAGAAAAAAAAACAAGAAAGGAAAUAAGAGAGUUUUAAAAAAAAAUGGGAAACUAGUGAGGCCUUAAGUGACUAAAAGUAUUGUUUGUACUUUGACUUUCUGGUCAGCACCCAGACUCAUCCGUCUCUGUUGUCUCAGAUUCUGAUCAUUGACUAUUACAUUCCAAAGAAUUGGAUCAAAUAAAUGUUUUAAGUAAAA